CACGCAACAUUGACGCAAACUAUAUAAAAAAAAUAUGGCGUCUGUUCAGUUGUCACAUUGAGAGAGCUGAGAGCAUUUUAUUGAAUACCUACUGUUUGUUUCAUUUAACUAAUUCUACAGGAUUUAGUGAAUUGAAAAUGGGCCGAUCGAGAACGCGAAGCAAGUCGCCACGGCGUCACCACAAAAGCAGCAAACAUUCGCGAAAGAAGAGUAGAUCCAAAGAUCGGUCUUCAUCACGAAGCAGGAGUUCGAAACAUGUUGAGAAGUCAAGAGAACGGAGCUCCAAAUCUAGAAAGAGGUCCCAUUCUGUAUCUUCAUCAAGCAGUAGUGCAGUUUCUUUUGAAGGCAGUAGAAGUCAUAGAAAGAAGUCUAAAGGCCGCAACAAGAUGGAUGAAGUUGACAGAUUGGCCGAAAUGGAGAGACAAAGACGUGUCAGGGAAGCAGAACAGAAGGUUGUAGAAGAAGAAGCUGCCAAAAGGAUAGAGCUACUAGUUAAAAAGCGAGUUGAAGAAGAAUUAGAGAAAAGGAAGGAUGAAAUCGAACAAGAAGUAGCCAAAAGGGUUGAAGAGGCCAAGCGCAAGAUGGAGAAAGAAAUGAUGGAAGAAUUGGAACGGCAACGAGAACAACAGCGCCGAGAGGAAGCUGCCCGGCAGGAGGAAGAAGCUCGUAAAAGGAAAGAGCUGGAGGAUAUUAUGGCAGAAAAUAAUAAAAAGAUUGAAGAAGCUCAGCGCAAGUUGGCUGAGGAACGACUAGCCAUGAUUGAAGAACAAAGAAAAAUGGAUGAAGAGAGACAAAAACUGAAAAAGGAACAAGAGAAGAGGGUCAAAGAGGAACAGAAGAAAAUUCUAGGCAAAAACAACUCAAGACCAAAACUGUCAUUUUCUUUAAAACCUCUAUCAUGAGUACUUAUUACUUGAAGCAUCAAUUUCUUCGAAACUUUGGGGUUAUUCCAUAGAUUUAUAGUGUAAAAUAUGAUGUUUACUAAAUCUGAGUUUGGUAGGUAGAUUAUACUUUCUAAGUAAAUAUACACAAUCUUGACAUGCCAUUUUAUUGAAAUGUCAUGCAAUUCAAAAUGUCAAUUGCUUUUUACAAAUUAAUCACUUAAAAAUCGUAUUUUAAAGUGUACAUUUUAAUAAAAAUACAAUAUUUGAAUUACCUAAAUGGACAGGAUAUAGAUUAAAAUGACUGACCACUAUCUUAGAUACAAGAACAUUAGAUGGUGAUGCGCGUCAUUGCAACUCUAAAAGCGACAAGUACUCUUUAUGCAAUGUAUUUAUAAAUACUGAUGUCUAACGCGAUUGAAUUCGUCGCUGGGAGCGCUGGUGGAAAGUAUGAUCCAUUUCCAAGACAAAUUUGAACUUGAUAUUCUUUGUCCGCAAGUUUUUUUUUUAAAUUGUCAGAUAUAAUUAAUAAGACUAUACUUGUCAAUGCUACUAGUGAGCGAAGAAAUGAUUAGAGAUGUUUUAUGUGUUUAUUUUGCUAUUUGGGCCAUGAAUUGUUAUUAAUCUACUUCUGAUAGUUAUCGUCCAGCAAUAACUGGCAAAGAAAUUAAAUCUUAAUGGGUAUAAAAAUAUCUAUACAUCGGACUGUAUGCAGUAUUAAAUAGCCCAAAAUAUGUACAGCAAAAAUGCAAUUAAUGUUGAUAUAUAAAUAAUUACUAACUAGAUAUUCUUGGACAAACUUGAGAUAUGCCCAUAACCCUUUCGCGUACGCGUUCAGAAGCCUUAGUGUGGGUUUGCAUUACACUUUUGAGUGUCGCAAUGUGAACAUUUAAAUAGUACCCACGAAGCCCCCAGUUACACACAAUGUUCAGUUUCUUUUAUAGCUGAAUUAAAAAACUUUUCACCUUGAUUUAGGUAACUUGUGAAUGUGAUGGAUAAUAAUGCUUGCUUUGAAUUGAACAUGCUUGACCAUUUCUUAUUAAAUUUAGUCUACAUUAUAUUUAGAACAAUUAUUUUCAUUUUCAAAAGAAAGCUCUAUUAUUUGACAGAAUGUUGCUCAUGUCUUGUAAUAUUUGUGUAAUGUGUAUAUAGUUAUUGAUUUAAUAUCUUUCAUUCGUGUCUCUUCAGUUGCAUAUUUUGUUCCUUCAAAAUUAAUAAUUUAAUCAUUUAAUGAGCGUAUUUGAAAAGCUAGAGAUAUUUCAAAUACUUAUGCCAUGUCUAAAUAAUCAAAUGAAACUGUAUGAUGUACCAGCAUCAUUUUCGACUUUCUGGUCAUCUAACAUUAUUGUUUCCUGCCAUAAUUUGAAAAUGGCUUUACAUAUAAAUCGCAGGUAGAGGUCAUUAUAAAGUUUGAUUUUUAUUUGUAACAAGAGAAUGUAGCAAUAAGUUUAUGUAAAUAUAUAAUUAGAUUAAGAUAUUUACGUCAACAUUUUGUAAAAAGUUAUGAACAAUGUUUAUCACAUUGUUUAUUUUGUUUGUUCGACAUGAUUUUUGAUGAUUUUGCCUCUGAUGUACUAUACUGAUACCACAGUUAACAUUCUAUGCCCUGAUUGUAUAUGGACGAAAAAGUGAUACACAAAGUAUGUACAUAUAUUUUUAAUGCAAUACCCACUUUCAUAUGAAAAUAAUUACACAAUACAAAAACAAUAAAAAAUAUGUAAUUGAUAAUUUCUACAAUGAACUUAUAAUGUGGAAAGAUUUAAUGUGCAUUUCUAUAAAAAGAUGACAAUACUAUUUAUCUAAACAAAUGGGGUAUAGUUAUGUAUAUUAAUAAAUUUUAAAUUUGAGGUUUUGCAAUGAAUAGUUUUACUUUUGACAUUGUAGUUUCAUUAGGACGUAAGUGAUCAAAUCUAAAGCUAUUCAUCUCAAAUCAUGUUCAAGCAAAGUCACAUUUUUUUAUUUAUUAUAGAGUAAACUAUAGUUUGAGUUUAGUACACAGACUACGAAACGCGAAAUUAUAAAAAAUAUAUAUAUUUCAUUAGCUAUAGUGACUAAUUUGCAAAAUGUCUAAUUUGUUUUUUAUACAAAAUGCAAUGAUGCAAUGAAAAGUAUGUAUAUAAAUUGUUAUUUUAUAUGUUAUACGCAGACCUACUGGCCUACCAUCAAAUUUUACAAUGCAACUCAGUUCAAUUUAGACACCUAAAAUGAAUCGCAUUCAUACUAAAAAUUAAGUCGAUGGUACGAAUUUGCGAUGCAGUUCAGUUUAGGUCGUAAAGUGGAUCGCGUUAAGCAAUAAAUGAACUUAAUAUAACAGUUUUUGAAUAGUUAUUAUUUGCAUAUCUUAUUUUAAAACAUGCCAUUUCGCUGAUUAAUCUUUAUGCGCUAAUAGUUAUUUUUUUGUGAAUGUAAAUGGGGAAGACAAUUAUUUAAAAAUAAAUAUUGAUUAAUUUCACAAAUGCGAAUUGUGAUCAAUUUAACCACAAGUAUAUCCAUCCAUGUUCUGUUUAGACGUAGGUCUUUUAAUACAAAUGAGAACUCGGACGAAGCCUAAAGUGGCGCUAAAAUUAUUUUCAAAGUAACAUUAAUUAUCAUAUAAACUGGUGUUUGAUAAUAGAUAAUAAUAUGUAUUGUUGUUAUUUGGUGUUAGAAAAUAGUUGUUUGUUACUUAUACCAAGUACAAAAAACGCCUUAGAUGCAUUUGCUGUUAGUUGAAUAUUUUCUAAACUUACAGCUGCAAAAUGAAUACCGCCCGCUGCACUACAAAGACGAUUAUGGCAAUACCUAAAACAAUUUUGUAAAAUGUAUUUCAUACCUUCGUAGUUAGAUAGCUGUUCUUUUAUAACGCAAUUAUCAAAUAUGUGAUUAAAUGUUUCUUUUCAGUCUUGGAGUUCGCAAACAGGUGUUCAUUUUAACACCAAAAUCUUUAGUAGGUAACUUAAUAAGUAAAUUAAUACUUGAUUUAUUCAAUAAAUAAAUGAAUUCCUCAAA